AUGACUAGUUUCAACCUCCGCUUCCACCGCACAACUAUUGUAUCUAUAGGUGCAAUAGUUUUCCUUCUUCUAUUACAUACUGUCAUAGUACUGCAGCCUUCAAAUAGCUACCGCAACCCAAAUGACUUGCUGGCAUUAAAGAGCUCCACCACCACUCGUCCACUUUUUUGGGCAGAUGAGGAUAACCAGACAACGAUCGCGGACAGCUGUGGAGUGAAAACCAGUCCUCCAGAAGUACACGAAGUGGCUGUAUCAGGACCAGCGCCAGCUCAGGCAGAGUUACCAGCGGCUAAUAUCGUCCCCCAAUGGAGCUUCACCACUGCUCGAGAUGAGAGAGCGUACGGGCUCACCGCUGAGCAGUGCGAGACUGCGUUUCCCGGAAUAUUCAUAGAUAUUGACCGAGCUGUUAAAUAUAGAAAGAAGAUUGGGAAUAUUACUCCAGAAGACGUGGAUAUAUCAUGGAAGGAUGAUGCUGCGGUCAGGGCAGUGAUAAUCGACCAGCAGCUUUACGUUAUAGAAGCGAAAUUCUCGGGCAGCGGUUACGCAAGUGUGCGUGGGUUGGGUAUUCUCCACGCCAUCCACCGAGCCAUUAUUACGUCGCCUACCCCAAUUCCUAAUGUCGAGUUCUCAUUCACCACCUCCGACAUCGCGGAUCCGACGCAUCUUCAGCACUCUAUCUGGGCACUCUCUCGUACCGAAGGCGAAGAGGAGAAAUGGCUGAUGUCCGACUUCGGAUACUGGAGCUGGCCUAACUAUCUGAUUGGCGGGUACGAGCAGGUUCGACGAGAGAUUGCUAAUACCGAAGUCGACUUUGCCGCCAAAAAGAAACAAAUUGUAUGGAGAGGCGCAUUGAAGACUAACGCGCAUAGAAAAGACCUGUUGAGGGCUACAGCAGACAAGGAAUGGGCUGAUGUGCAGGCCAUGGGGUGGACCAACUCAACUAGUGUUACGGACCAGGACAUGUCUAAGGCACUGCCAAUACCAGAGCACUGCCAGUAUCAAUUUGUGGUCCAAACAGAAGUAUGUAAAGCGGCCAAAAUCAGUGCACCAGAAUCGAAACUUCGAAACCGAACCGUAAGGGUGGUGACACGUUUAACCCACAGGCCACAGCUACUCCGGCCGAGGAAAAUACCUCCAAAACUGCAACUCUGUCGCCCCUCCCAAAACAUCGUCGAAGUCGAGACAGACUUCUCAGACCAAGAAGAAAAAGUGCUGUCGCUCUUGCAAAAUCCAGAAAAAGCACAACGCAUCGCGAGGAAUAAUGUUGAGACGUUCCGUGAUCGGUAUUUGACGCCUGCGGCCCAGGCGUGCUACUGGAGGCGGAUGUUAAGGAGUUGGGCAGAUGUGAGUUUUAAGCCAAGGGAGUGGGAUAUGGAGGAGGGGACUGAGGCGAGGCGGACGAGAGGAAUGCCGUUUGAGAGUUUUGUUAAUCCCCAGGAAAGGGCCAUGUACUUGGUUGUCGCAGAUCCUCCUCAGAUGUUGAAGCAAACUUGA